AUGGAGUCGACUUCAACACCCCGCAUUUCCGCGGCGCUCAUGGAUUCGUAUGUUGGCCAGAACGUUAUCAUCGUGGGCAAGGUACAACAGCUUCGGGGUGACACAGCGUUCCUCGAAGCCGACGGGCAAAUUCAAGCCAACCUGAACAGAGACUGCCAUCUUAUGGUUGGUAAUGGCGCUCAGAUCAUUGGAAAAGUAAAUCCAGACCUGACUAUUAAGGUACUGAACGCCAUGGAUCUCGGAAACAAUCAGCACCAGCAACGACAAUCAUUGUCUCAGCAGUUGCAACCUCAGCCUGAAUCUGUAGCCCGACCUCAAGAAAAACAAAAAGAAACAGUUCCCGUUGCUGAAAUUACUACCAGUUCUGCUUCUGUCGUUGUUAGUCGUUCUGCUUCUACCUCACUUAGCUCUGAAUACUCCCAACCCUCUCGAGUGAUAACCCCGCCAAUUAAUGAGCUUUCUGAGCUGUCUAUACAAGGGACGUCGCAAUCCCCCCAGUCCACCGCCCAGCCGUCAAUUCUUCACAAUACACAAUGGUCUCCACAUGCGCAAGAAAAGCAAGAUACACAAUAUACCCAUUACACGAUAGAAGAAGAAGCAACUUCUUCACACCAACGACUGCAGAAUAAAAACCGCAGUCCACGUCAACCCUAUCAGGAUUAUAUGAUGUCAGGGCCGUAUCUUGAGAAAGGCAGCAGCACUAGCAGCCCCCAAAGAUCUCUAUCUUCAUCCCCAUCUCCAAUUCGUCCACCCGCUCCCGUGUCACCAGAAUCAUCCGAAUACCCCUCAUUAAUAUGGCCCUCUCCCCCGCCUCGGCCUGUACGACCACGUGGACGCCUCUUUCGCACCAAAUCUGGUAACUUGGCGACUGCAGCAGAAAUCCGUCGGCGUAAGAAAAUAGAACUUCAUGCUGAUGAAUUACUAGACAUGAUACUCGAGGACUUUGGUGGUUACAAUGGGUUAUAUGAUGUCAUUGCCUUUAGCAUGGAUGAGGUUGGUCGCUGGCGUAUCAUAAGACAGGAUUCUCCAGAGGUGGAACCCUAUGAAAACCGUGACUGA